AUGGCAGCUCUAUCCCCGAUCAGCACGCCUGCUCGCCAACCAUUUGGUGUUCUCAAUGAGUCCAAGUUGCGAAGCAUGCAAAGCUUGAAGAACCGACAAAAUGCCAUAACUCCCAGUUCCGCACCUUGCCUCAAACGACGCGCUGUAUCCCCCGAGCUAGGGUCUGACAGCGAGAACGUCGACCCCAACAUUCUCAAUUCUCUCAACAAACGCAAACGAUCAGCUUUUGACGACGAUGUCUCUGCCUCCAAGACCAACCGGUUCAGCUUGAACGUGACAUCAAUCCCACCUGCCAAACGCCGUCUCGAAACUCCCACACCGCGGCUCGACACCUUCGUCAAGCCUGCUCUUAAUACACCGGCGUCAGCUCCAGCGGCAGGUCGUUCCCCGACGCGUAAACGCUCUGGUCUCUUACAGACACGGAAACGUUUCAACCCACCUGCCUUUCCAUUGAGCAGCCAGUCUCCAGCGUUAUCCAUCUCGGCAGCAUUGAACGGGACCAAGAGAUCCAGACUGCAAGCACAGGCCCGCAAGACUCAGACGACGCAACCACGAACCAUCGAAGACACGAAACCCAAGUCAUGGGUUUUCGACAUCUUCGAAGAGCCCGAAGAGGUGCAGGACUACCGUAUGAACGAAUGGACUAUGAUGCAGAGCACAACUGUAUUGGACAUCAGCGACGGUGAAAGCAAGGCUGCCAAAUCGUUUUCCGAGCGGCUCGAUAAGGGCAAGGAGAACGUCGAUCCCAACGAGCCGUCAGCACCCAUGACUAGAUCCAUGGCGGCCGCCGCUGUGGCAAAGGCUGUCUCGAGAAAGGACAAAGACGUCAACGCCAUGACAGACGACGAGCGUAGACCACUGGCAGACCUGAACCCUUCAGAAUUCUAUGCCGAAGGCCUCGACGCAACAAGUGUGGUGCUUGUGCAUGACGAUGCCGUGCAGGAGGAGCAAGAGCCCGUACCUGAAGCUGGAGGGGACACAGCACCAAAACCAGAGUCCAUUCACGACUUCAAAUUCAAACCCACAACUCCAGCUGUGACAUCCCUGUCCAUGACCGCCAAGGUCGUUGAAGCUCUUGAGGUCCCAUCGAUAGCCAAGAUCCUCAGCUCCGCCACGCCCUCUGGUGCCAACAAACCGUCGGAGUCUUCCCUGGUUGCCAAUGUUACUGUCACCGAGAACUUGAAUGCAGAUGGCGGCAUUGACAUCUGGGAGAGCGAAAGCGCCAAAGACGAGAACGAAGCCGUCGAGCUCGACGCCCCGAGUCCCGCUUCAGUGGGUGAUGUGAAUGUCUUUGCCCUGCAGGAGCUAUGA